AUGAGGAAUGGUUAUGAAGAACUAGUUUCUUCAGCAACAGAAUUAUGUUCAAAAUGGGGAAUAUCUAUAAUACAAGAAAAUAAACGCAAGAAAUUUGCAAAGAGGCAGUAUGAUAGUAUUGAUAAUGAUAAACGAUUAUACACAAUUGAAGAAAACUUUCGCGUUUCUGUUUUUUUGCCCCUCACUGAUACUGCUAUAUUUCAAUUACAAGAGCGUUUCAAAGGACUUGAAACAGUUUCAAGAAAUUUUGACUUUUUACAACCACUGAAUUUAAUUAAGUACAGUGAAGAGAAUAUAAUUAAGUCAUGUUAUGACUUCAUUUCAUUUUAUAGUAGUGAUGUUUCGUCUGAUUUGACCAGGCAAGUUUUAUCAUUAAGAGAUUUUCUAGGAAAAACUGAAAUGAAAACAAUAAAAGAAUUGUCUUUAUAUAUUAUAGAAAAUGAUAUUUCAUCACUUUUUAGUGAAAUACUUACUGCCUGCAUAAUUUUUUUGUCUGUACCUGUAACUGUUGCAUCGGCAGAACGCUCUUUUUCGAAACUUGAGUUGAUUAAAAAUUAUUUACGAAAUUCAAUUUCUCAGGAACGGCUAACAAAUAUAAGCAUUUUAAACAUUGAAAAAGCACGAACAGAUGAAUUGAAUAUUGAUCACAUAAUUGAUACUUUUGCAAAUCAAAAAGCAAGGAAAAAAAACUUUUUAAAGUAA